ACGGCUCUUCCAGCCUUCGGGACCCACGCGCGUGCCUCGGCCGCGUGCCGCGUGCCUCGGCGCCAUGGAUCUCGCCGGCGCCUUCCACGGCGCGGCCUACGUGGCGUCGGCCCACGCCCAGGGCGUCGCCCUGGCGCCCGAGGCCGUCCCCCGGUGCGGCGCCCGAAAGCCGCCCGCCGAGCUGAAGUUUGCAGACCUCCUGGGCGCAGUGUUGGAGGACGGCCACCUGCGAUUCAUCCACUGCCCAAGGGGCCGAAGCGGCUGCCGCGUGCGGGAGGAUGUGGUGCUGGAGGUGUCCGGCGAACGCCCGGCCGUGGAGGCCUGGGUGAAGGAGGUGUGCGACAAGUGCCAUGCCAACAAAAGUCCGCGGAGAUACCAGGUCUUCGUGAACCCCGCCAGCGGGGCGGGGCAUGCGGCGGGCAUCUGGCGCAAGGCCAAGAGCCUCCUGGCCGCGCUGCCCUACCUGGAGUGCCAGGAGGUCUUUACGCAGUGGGCCGGGGACGCGGAGGAGCGGGCGGCUCGUUUGGAGCUUCAGUCCUGUGACGGGAUCAUCGUGGUCAGCGGGGACGGCAUGGUGCACGAGGUCUUCAACGGCCUCUGCCAGCGCUUGGACGCCUCAGCGGCCCUGGCGCAGAUCGCCGUGGGGCACAUCCCCGCGGGCAGCGGCAACGCCUUGGCCAAGAGCAUCCUCGAGGGCGCGGGCGAGGCCUACGGCGUGCUGGACGCCGCCUUCUUGAUCGCCAAGGGCCGCACGCAAGCGCUGGACCUGAUGCGGGUGCAAGCGGAGGCCAUGGCAGGCGUGGGCCCGCGGAGCUCCUUCCUGAACUUCUCGGGCGCCAUCGUGGCGGACAUCGACCUGGGCUCCGAAGCCCUGCGCUGCCUGGGGGGCUGCCGCUUCCAGGUCUGGACGGCCCUCUGCCUGGCGCGGCCCAGGGCGCUCUUGGCGGAUCUUUGGUACCUCCCCCCCGGCGCCCCGCUGCCGGCGCAGGCCCCGCAGUUGGAAGAUGAGCUCACAGCGCCCUGGGAGAAAAUCUCCGGGAGCUUCUCACUGUUUUUUGCCACGAACACGGCGUGGGCGUGCUACGACGUCCACCUGGCGCCGGGCCUGGCGCUGGGCGGCAGCGGCUGGCGCAUCUGCCUCUGCCGGGACUUCUCGCGGCUGAGACUCACCAAGUGCCUUUUGGCCAUGGAGAGCGGCAAGCAUGUGGCCCAGGAGGGGGUUGAGCUGCUGGAAUGCCAAGCCUUCCGUGUGGCGCCGUCGGGGGGAGAGGGCCGCUUCAGCUUAGACGGAGAGGAGGUGCCAUUCAAACCCAUACAGUUCUGGCCCUCAACGCCCGGCCGGGUCCUAGGAGCACCAGAGGACCUCAGCGAAAGCACAGGAGGUGCGCGGAUUUGAGGGGAGCUGGCCAUGUGACGAAGGUAUUCCAUUGCUGGCGCCGAAA